AUGCAGCGGCGCGCAGCCGAGCCGCUGGCGCUGCACGUGCCCUGCAAGCGGCUGCUGCUCUGCGGCUUCCCCGAGGAGCCGCCGCCGCUCUGGACUCCGCCGUCGGGGGCUGCGGGGCCCCGGAAGCGCAGAAUCGACGCGGGUGCCAUGGCCGAGCCAGCGGCGUCGCCCAGCAAGCGCCGCGGCACCGCGGACGGCGAGGAGCCCGAGAGCCGUGGCCGGGACCCCGGCGGGACGCCGCCGCCGCUGCCGCCGCCGCCCGCGCAGCCCCGCGGGCCGGGGGAGGAGCCCCGUGACGCCCGGCCGCUCACGCGCGGGGCCCACGACGGGGCGCAGGGGCCCCCGCCGGGCGCCUGGGGGUCCGCGGCGCGCCAGUACAAUGAAGAGUUUGGGCAGUAUAAUACAUUCCAGUACUGGAGGAAUCCUUUACCACCUAUCGACCUGGCAGAUAUCCAAGGAGUGAGUGAAGACAGCCUGACCGAGACAACACUUCAGGACAAGAAUGGAGCUGAGAUUGACAUGGAGUCUUGACAAGAACUGCUGACAAAAUAGAAUUUACUAAAUUUGCAGAGACCUAAGGAAAAAGUAACUUUCCAUACUUGACAUUGUUUCUAGACCUGAAAAAUAAGUAAAAACUAUUUUGACAAUAAUUAACUAUAGUUACUACGGAACUCCCAGUAGGGAUUUAUCAAGGAUAUGGUAGAGUUAUAGGUGAAAUAUUUUCUGUACAUGUUUUUUAAUGUAGAUAGUUUUGUUUGGGAUCUA